GCCAUGUUUGUUUUGCAAUAGUAGGCGGUGGGAUGUGGGUCAGGGGUCAGGGGUCAGGUUACGUGUGUGUCCCCGUGUGUCCCCGCGUGUCCCCGCGUCCCCGCAGCUGUCACUGCAGUGGUUAUUUCGGAGGCGCAGAGAGUCGCUGAGGCGUCACUGGACCUUUCUCUGUCACCAGCUCCGCUCCGUUCACAGUCAGACAGAGGCGUUUCAAGGUAGUUUGGGGUCCCAGGCCAAAGGGGCCCUCGAGGCCCUACAUAAACCAGCACGACUCAUCUCUAUCACUUGACUUUACUUUUGCAUAAGGGACCGUACCUGUCUCCUCAGGUGCUCACAGCAGAUGUUUUUCUGACCAUGAUUGAUGAGCCAUGGACCACAUCACCUUUCAUUAUGAUACAGUGCUGUCAGACGUCCACAUGCUUCUGUCUAAACCACGCCACCUCAUGACACGCCUCAACCAUGUUGGACAACCAGUCUUCAUCUCCAACUUCAAGAUCUUGUCAGAUGUUGAAAGGCUCGACAGCAGUGGCUCCGGGAAAAGAUCAGCGGAGCAGAAAUCUGUUAGCUCGAGGGAAGACUGUGAAAAAGACUCAAGUCCCACUCAGGAAAAAGACGGAGAGGAAGGAAAUGAGGAGCCAUGCUUGGAUGAGGAUGGAGACCUCGACAUUACACGUAGGAGGCGAUUCCGCGGUGAGGACGGUGGCCGUGACCUGGUCUGCCCCAUCAUUCUUAAACAGUCCAGUCCUGGACUGGAACAUGAAGUGGAGAGUCCAGAUGAUGAGGACAAGUGCACCAAAGACAUUAUAAAGAUCGAGCACACCAUGGCGACUCCUCUGCAGGAUGUUGGCAAGCAGGUGUGGCGAGGGGCGUUCCUCCUGGCUGACUUCAUCCUCUCAGAGUCAGACUUGUUUAGAGGAGCUACAGUCCUCGAGCUGGGAGCAGGAACAGGCUUUACCAGCAUCGUCAUGGCAACCACUGCCAAAACGGUGUACUGCACAGAUGUGGGAGAAGACCUUCUGAGCAUGUGCGAGAGAAAUGUCUCAUUCAACAGACGCAUGACUGAGCUUACAGGCGGUGAGGUGCGAGUGAGACUGUUGGAUUGGCUCCAGCAUUCCCUUUGCACAGCAGAAGCUGAUGUGGACUUCAGCUGGACAGAGGAGGAAGUGGCAGAUGUGUAUGACAACACUCUCUUCAUCAUUGCUGCUGAUGUUAUCUACGACGAUGAACUGACAAGUGGCCUCUUUCGAACGCUGCAUGGCCUCUGUAGUAACUUCAAUCACACCUGCACCAUCUUCAUCUCCAUAGAGAAACGGAUGAACUUCACCCUGCGACACAUGGAUGUUUGCUGCGAAGCUUACACUUACUUCCGACGCUGUCUGUCCCAACUCCAGGACCUGGACGAUGGACGAUGCAGCUUUCGGGUCGAACAGCUCCCGUGUGACUUUGCACAAUUUUUCAUAUAUGAACGAAUCGAGCAGCUGGAGCUGUGGAAGGUGACUGCCACUCCACGUCUGUCUGAUGAAGUCUGCUCCAAUCCUGAGCUGAAACCCUCACCUGGACUCUCCCGUGAGCAGCUCAACACAAACCCAUGAGCUCUGGUUAACAGUAGAAUGUUUAAAAUGUCGAAUCACCUGUUACUGACUAAAGUUGCAGUUUUAAAUUGACUUGAAUGAGACAUUAUUUAUUGUUGGGUUUGAUCCAUGUUCAUGUCACACGACCAUGAUGGAUGUCUUUAACUUUGUUAAUAAUAAUAAUAAUAAUAAUAAUAAUAAUAAUGAUGGGUCAUCUAGAGAUGAAUGUACGUACAGGAUCUUGGAUUAAACACAAGGUCAAAUAAAA